AUGUCUCAUACUACCCUCCGGAGCGCUUUGCCCAAACGAAAGGCCAAUGGAGAUUCUUUCACCGAUGCCGACCAACAACGUGACGAAACUGUCAAGACCGACCAUCAACCUGACAACACUGCUGACCACACUGUCGACGCCGACCAACAAGCCAUGCCUUCCUUUUCUGUCCCUGACGAUCAUAAAACGUUGAAGAUAAAGGUCAUCGACGCCACCUACAUCAUCCCUAACAAGAUUAUGGAGGUUAAUUAUGAUGAUACCGUUGCGAAUCUCAAAGCCCUGAUCAUUCUCUCAUUCCUUAAGGAGAUAACGCUUAACCCUCUCAGAAUCCGUCUGACUUUCAAUUCGAACAAUGUUCGUGCUUCCACCUCGCCUCAGGGACGAAGAUCGCAUGGUCAUUUGUGGAUCCGUGAAAACACGCGACUUAAGCAUUACUUUGGACGUGAGCGUGAUUACCGUCUGGAUUAUGAGGAUGAUGUGAAAGUCCAUGUUGAAGUCCGGAUCCUCCCAUCUCUCAUGUAG